UCACUUCGUGUCGAUGUUAUUCGUCCGGAUGUCACACAACUGAACGCAGCAUAAAAAUAAAACUCUCUCACGAAACCUAUCGAUCUAAAUAAUUAAUUAAUAUCGAAUAUAUUUUCUCAGUCGAUUCAAUGGAUUGAGACAGCUUAAGUGUGAAUUAAGUGGAGAUUAACGAAGUUACUGAGGUGAAACAACAUUUAAACAAAAUAACCAACGUCUAACCUCACUUUGGUCUCUCAUGGAUUCUCCAGUGAGUACUCCAGGCUCCCAAGCCCUGGAGGUAGCACGCAACAAUCAUGAUCUUCAGAUCUUCAAAAAACCCUAUGGAACACCUCUGCGAUCAAAAAAGUUCAAAUCGAAGAUUCUCGACGAGGAUACGUACGUCGAGCGUAUGGGCACAAUCAUCGAGAGAGAUUUCUUCCCUGACUUGGAGAAAUUAAAAGCACAAAAUGAUUAUUUGGACGCUUUGGAGCAGAACGACGUGAAGAAGAUGCGUGAGUUGUACGAAAAAUAUAGUUCUGGUCGUCCAGCAACUGAGAGAGUUUCAAGUCCAGCGACUUUUGAGACGCCCCUUCGUGAAGAGCCUGCAGACAUGUCAGACAGGGAAAGUGUGAUAAUGAAGUCAGAGAGCUCGUUGGAUCAUAGUAUAAGGGAUAGAAUUGGUUUGGAUUGUUUUUUGAGCACCCACACCAGCGAAGACAACGCCAGUUUCGAGGAGAUGAUGGAGGAGGCAGAGAAGAGACAGAGGAUCAAGUAUUCGUGGCUCUACGACGUGGAAGAGAAGUCUAAAAUCCUGGCUAUUGAGGCGAACAAUGCAGUGACUGAUGAAAAUGGAAAAGUUAAAAAACCUCUUUCACUCGACACCUGGAGUUAUAAAAAUAAAAAUUACAUAAUGUAUGUACCAGAUGGGGUUGAUUUGACCCCAGAUGAGAAGGUGGAAAUGGCGAAGAGGAAACAGGAGGUGGUCCAUGACAACACCAGGUUGAUAGUCAAUCCGUUCAACGAGAAACAGAAUAAGGAAACGAUUAAUGAAUUGGCAAAGUCACAGUCGAAAGUCAAUGAUGGUAAAAUAGGGGUGGAUGGAAAAGAAAUUGUGAGAAAUCCAACGCCUCGUGUUAAUGGAUUCAGUUUGGUUGCUACACCCAGUCCUAGGCCAGGGGAGUAUGAUAGCCCUCUCAUGACGUGGGGUCAAAUUGAAGGGACACCUUUUAGAUUGGAUGGGGGUGAUACACCUUUGUUCAGGAGUAAUCAGGGUCCAUCGUUUAGAAUGGCUGAGCCACCGAAGAGGGAGAAAAUUGCACUGCAAUUGGCGGAAAAGGCGGGGGAAAGACACAGGGAUAGAAAGAGUAAAGCGCUUGAAGCGGCGAGAAGAUCUUUUGCAACGCCCUCACCCCGAAGUUUGUCAACAAUUGAUCGUCUCAGUUCCAUGUCACCAGCAGCGAGAAGACUAGCUACUCAGAAAUUGAAAAUCAUUAGCACCCCCACGCCACGGAGGACACCAUCAAGGACGCCAAUAAUUGGAGUCAAAAGCCUCAACUUAACUCCAAGGAUUACUACACCCACUAGAACUCCAAACUCAUCAGAUAAUCAAAGACUAUCGAGGGGUCUUAUACUAACAGAUAAUCUGCUCAAUCUUCCACAAAGACAGCGAGCUGCAGAUUUUUUUAACAAAUAGUUUAUAUAAUAGUUUAGUUUUACAUUCUUACCCUACCCUUUUAUUAUCCAAUGUACAAAAUUCCAGCCUUGUUGACUGUUGUAAAUAAAUUUUUUGUGUUUGAA